AUGGAGAUAAUUACAAUAAAUGAUGAUAGCGAUAAAGAAUGUAAUCUUGAAUCCAACAAUUUAAAUGAAGCCGAUCUUGAAUCUAACAAUUCAAAUAAAAGCGAUCUCAAUUCAAAUGAAGAUCAAAUGAUUAUAUCACGUAAAAAUAGUUUUAUCAAUAUUAAUAUUAAUGAUUCAAAUUCAUGGACAAAAAAGGAAAAUUCAAUUCAAGCAAGUUGUUCCUAUACAUUAAUUGAAGAUUCAGAUCAAGAAAGUUAUACACCAAUUGAAGAUUUAGAUAAAACAAGCCAUACUGAUACAUCAAUUAAAAACCAAUCACGUGCAUACCUUGAUUACCAUCAAUCUAUACGUGAU